UUCGUCCUCCUCCUCCUUUUGAGCUCCUCCACACGUCUUUGCAUAAGUAAAUCAAGCCGCGGGAGAGCCGGCAGCCAGCAGCCGACGAAGCCAGGACAGACGCUUCAUUCCCGGCCGUGAGUGGAGCGCCGAGCCGGUGUCCGACCCAGCGGACCCAAGCCUGCCCGCCUGCGGAGGACCCCCUCCUUCCCCCCCGCCCCACCCCCGCCGACCAGCAAGCAGCGCCGGACACGCGGGAGGACCCUCAAAGAAAACAGCCAUGAGAACCACCGGGUGCCUUUUAAGGCUUUGAUUUUAUUUUAAAAAUAUUUUUUUUUCGGGGGUGGGGGUGGGGGGGGAGGACGACUCGGAGCGAGAAGGAGAGCCCAGGAUCGACUCCCCUCUGCCGGGUUCAACUUGGCCGGCACCGCGGUGAUUGGCCGGAGGGGGAAAACCCCACCAAAACAGCAGCAAAAAAAAAAAAAACAAAACAAAAACAAAGGAUUUUUUUUUUUCUUAUUCAUGCUGGUUUCAUUUUUGUUUUUUCUUUUUUUUUUAAUGUAACCUCCUCCCCCGUCUAUUUUUGUUUGGAUUUGCUAAUUUGCCCUGCAAGGCUGGCUUCCGAGCGGAUUUAAGUGCGGGACUCGAACCACGAACUGCGGGCGGCGAGGAGGCUCAUGGCGCAACGGUACGAAGACUUGCCCCACUACGGGAUGGACGGGGUGGGCAUCCCGACCACCAUGUACGGAGACCCGCACGGGGCGCGCUCCAUGCAGGCCGUGCACCUCAACCACGGGCCCCAGCUGCACUCGCACCAGUACCCGCACACGGCGCACACCAACACCAUGCCCCCCAGCAUGGGCUCGUCGGUCAACGACGCGCUCAAGAGGGACAAGGACGCCAUAUACGGGCACCCCCUGUUCCCGUUGCUUGCACUGAUUUUCGAGAAAUGUGAAUUAGCCACGUGCACCCCCCGAGAGCCCGGCGUGGCAGGAGGCGACGUGUGCUCGUCGGAGUCCUUCAACGAGGACAUCGCCGUCUUUGCCAAACAGAUUCGUGCAGAAAAACCUUUAUUUUCCUCAAAUCCAGAACUGGAUAACCUGAUGAUUCAAGCCAUUCAAGUGUUACGGUUUCAUCUGCUGGAGUUGGAAAAGGUGCACGAGCUGUGCGACAACUUCUGCCACCGCUACAUCAGCUGCCUGAAGGGCAAGAUGCCCAUCGACCUGGUCAUCGACGACCGCGAGGGGGGCUCCAAGUCGGACAGCGAGGAGAUCACCCGCUCGUCCGUGGCCCUCGACCAGACGUCGUGGAACCGAGACCACGACGACGCGGCGUCCACGCGCUCCGGGGGCACGCCGGGCCCGUCCAGCGGCGGCCACACGUCGCACAGCGGCGACAACAGCAGCGAGCAAGGCGACGGCCUGGACAACAGUGUGGCCUCGCCGAGCACGGGUGACGACGACGACCCGGAUAAGGAGAAGAAGCGCAACAAGAAGAGGGGCAUCUUCCCCAAGGUGGCCACCAACAUCAUGCGGGCGUGGCUCUUCCAGCAUCUCACGCAUCCGUACCCGUCGGAGGAACAGAAGAAGCAGCUGGCGCAAGACACGGGCCUCACCAUCCUACAAGUCAACAACUGGUUCAUCAACGCCAGGAGGAGAAUAGUGCAGCCCAUGAUCGACCAGUCCAACCGCGCAGUAAGUCAAGGAGCUCCCUAUAAUCCAGAUGGCCAACCGAUGGGGGGCUUCGUCAUGGACGGCCAGCAGCACAUGGGAAUCAGACCACCUGGACCAAUGGGCGGCAUGGGUAUGAACAUGGGCAUGGAAGGUCAGUGGCACUACAUGUAGCCCCGCCCCCAGCCCGGGGCCGACCAAUCGCAACAGCGAGGCGAACGAGCGCAGGGCACAGCGGAGGCGUACGUACGGAUUUCAGGGGACGGGAUUCCCCUCCGUCCCGACGGCGACGGCGACCAUCUUGCUUCCUGCGCACUUGCGAGACCCCACCCACUUGUUUAUUCCCGCCCGGACGAAAAGCCCCCAGAUCCGGACAGACCGGCCGCGACGUGACUCUCAGCAGUUGGUUCGCCGCCGCUUUUCGCUCCCGUUUCCCAGGACUCGUUCCAGACUUCCCGGGGCGCUCCUGUAAAAACUGUUUCGGGGACGCUCGCCGCGAGAACGAGAGCGAGAGCGAGAGCGAGGACUAGCCAAUGUCUGUAAACCUGACACGACACCUAAGAAACCAAAACAGAAGGUGCCCAGUUAAAAACGGGAGGGGGGAGGGAGGGGGGGUAAUCGAGAAAAAAUCCGACCGAUGGAGAGGACGUGAGAAGGAAGGAAUACGUACGUCAGGUGGAGGAGAAGCGGGACUCGACUGCAAAGUCCACUCUUGUAAA